GGGAGGGCUGAGGAAGAAGGUGCUGGGAAGGAGUGGUCCGGAUGAUGUGCUGUGGUGUCUAGAAUGGAGAGGGAAGGAAAUAUCCACGAGAACGAGGCAGGUAAUGGCUCCGAUGGAAAUGCAGGGUCAGGAGUCUAGAGGCUUCGUGAGGUCGCAGGCAUCUGUGGCUGGCAGAAUGAAACUGGAAGGUGACAAUGUGAGAGAUGGUCUGGGAAGGCAUGCGGAACGAAAAGCAAGAGCAGAAGGACGUGGUAGAACUCACAGCGCUCCAGAACCUCACGGCUACAUGGAUGGAUUGCCGACGACCUCUGAGGUGGCCCAGAUGGCAGGGACAGCACGCCAUGACCGAGAGAUGGUGAUGCAGGCCAAGAAAAGGCUCACCACGGCCACCGACCCCAUCGAAAGACUCCGGCUGCAGUGCCUGGCCAGGGGCUCUGCGGGCAUCAAAGGACUUGGCAGAGUGUUUCGAAUUAUGGAUGACAAUAACAACCGAAGUCUUGAUUUCAAAGAAUUCGUGAAAGGGUUAAACGAUUAUGCCGUGGUCAUGGAGAAGGAAGAGGCAGAAGAGCUUUUCCGGAGGUUUGAUAAGGAUGGAAAUGGAACCAUUGACUUCAAUGAGUUUCUUCUCACCUUAAGGCCUCCAAUGUCCAGAGCCAGAAAAGAGGUAAUUAUGCAAGCUUUUAGAAAGUUAGACAAGACCGGAGAUGGCGUCAUAACAAUUGAAGACCUCCGUGAGGUGUACAACGCAAAACACCAUCCCAAGUACCAGAACGGAGAAUGGACUGAGGAGCAAGUAUUCAGGAAAUUUCUGGAUAACUUUGACUCACCCUAUGACAAAGAUGGACUGGUGCUGGAGGCGGGCCCCACUGAAAUGGUGAGAAGCAAAGUUUCGUGUUUGUUUCUAACUUCUCCCCCGCAGGUGACCCCCGAGGAGUUCAUGAACUACUAUGCGGGGGUGAGCGCAUCCAUCGACACCGACGUGUAUUUCAUUGUCAUGAUGAGGACCGCCUGGAAGCUCUAACCGUAUGGACUGGGGACCGAGGCCUUGGGUACAGCCGUGUGGCUCCAAAUGAUUAAACAUCAGCCCCCAAACAGGAACAUGUUUGAGUUCAUGUGCAUCCCAGUGUUUCUUCCACAUCAACAGCAUUUUCUAGGGCAGAAAUAAAGACAGAGUAGUUCAUGUGAUCCGACUUCUCUGAGCCUGUUUCCUUAGAUCUAAAACAGAAGUUAAUUGAAAUAAGAUCUGCAAAGCUCCCCAAGCCAGGCUGAUGAUGUCUGGGCAUCUGAUACACGUGAGGUGUCUUCCUUGACCAGUAAUAAGAUAUGGAAUAUUUUAAUUAUAAUUCCUGCCCACACGUGCAUAGUCUGUCUCCACUUCCUUUUAGAUGGUUUGUUUCCGGGUGGGAGAGUUCUUCUGUCUUUAUGACUGUAAAUGUUUAAGUGCUUCAGUCCUUGUUUGGGGACCAGAAGGAGACCACACGUUGGUCUCAACUUCCAUCACUAGAUCUUGAGUUUCUCUGCCCACAGUUCAGGGAAGCCUUGGUUUGGUGAACAGGCUUAAAUGACAUUUGGGGAUCACUUUAAAGGCUGGUGUGAGACUGAAGGCCGUUUCCUUGAGCAGCAGAGCAGGACUGUUCAAAGUGUUUCUGUGGCUGGAAUCUGAGGCUGGGCUGAGCUCUCUGACUCUACGUGGGACGUCCUGCCCUGGGAGCGGGCAGACCAUAUCCCGGGCCCACACCUGGAGGAGUGAUUCUCUCUCUGCUCCCUGCAGUCCCUGCUCCCACCAGCACAAAGAGGUCAGUGUGACAUCGACUAGCAUUAUGGGCACACUCCGAAGCAGACUGUCCGUCCUGAUACCUCCCGGCUCAAAGCAUUUCCCCCCCAGCUCUAAGCCUUGGGUUCAUAUUGCUAAUGUGUGAGAAUCUCCCUAGGAAAGUCUUGUGAGCCAAGGAAGCCCCAGCUACUGGAAAGUAGGGGUUGAAAC